CGUAGGCCCCCCACCGCCCCCCCGGCUCCCCCGCCCCUACGCCGUCGCGAGCCGACCAGCCAGUAGCCGCAGCUGUAGGUGCCGUGCCCUCAUUCCAUUCCCCAAAAGGGUACCCCAUCCCUCGCACGCGCGAGGUGUUCGACGGAGAGCCGCACAGCAGGAGGAGGAAGAGGGAGCGGGCGGGCCGCCCAUGUCGAGCGGCGCGCACGGAUCGGAGCCCGGGCCGGACCGCGAGCCUCCCUUGCAGCAGGAGGUGGCUGGGGCGGAGGUUGAGGCGCCGGCGCCGGCGGUCACCAUCGUGAUCUCGCGGCUGGGGGAGGAGGUUCAGGCGCCCGAGACGAAGGGCGACGCCCCGGUCUCCUCCCCGGAGGCCGGGCACGGCAAGGCCACGGCCGCCUCGGUGUCGGUGACCGCCGCGGCGGCCGCGAAGGAAGCGGAGCUGGCGAGGUCUGACAGCUUCGACGACUACGAGCAAUGCAGAGUUUGUCAACAGAAGACAGAAGAACCUCUGGUAGAUCUUGGAUGCAGAUGUCGUGGUGAUCUUGCAAAAGCUCACCGGACAUGCAUUGAUGUUUGGUUUCGUACUAGAGGUUCAAACAAGUGUGAGAUAUGCCAGCAGGUGGCGGUCAAUAUCCCCCCUCCAGAGACACAAGCAAGUACAAGUUAUUGGGUUUGGAGGGUUGAUUCAACUUAUGGAAGGGGCCGAGGAGGAUGUGAAAGGGGAUGGUUUAGCCCUCUUUGGGUUGCAUUCGCAAUUCUGAUUGGCGGUCUCUUAUUGGAUGUGCUGAUAUCUGUUUCUCUUGGUGUUUCCGCACUUCCUGUCAACAUUAUAAUUGGCAUUCUUAUCGUUCUUGGCUUGGGCACCGCCCUUCGACUAGCCCUGGAGUGCUGCCAGGAAUGGGGCUCGAGGAGAAACGUGGGCAACAUGCCAAGGCUGGAGAACAUACCGCCGACUGGAUACCACCCUGCAGUAGUAUAGUUAUCAGACCUGUAAAUAGCAUAGGAACACUUCAAGUUUGUGCUGUCAUUCGGAUUCUCCUUGCGAUAGCUUAGCUCACACGUUGCUCGCUGAAGACAGCUCGAGUUCAAAGCUUCUUGAUCGCGAUCUGAUCAUACUCCAAGGUAAAUUCCCGGUUCCUGAUGUUAACUUCUUACGGGCACGUGUUCAUGCCAAUCCCGUCAUGCGGGGAGCUGUCUAUGCUGGAUCAUUCAUCAGUGCCUCCUGCCACGUAAGGUUUACGUGUUGUUUGUGUGCUCGGGUUUGCUAUGGUAAUAUCAGUGGCUGUGAAGGCCGUUUGUGCCCAUGGUAUUUAAACUCAAGGCUUCCAAGCUGUAGAUAUAGCAAUGGUAUGGUUGCCUACC